GUGUUUGAAUUUCUGACGAAGGUGUUCGGUUUCAAGGGCCCUUCAGGCUUCAAGCCUUCACUUUUUUGAAGUUUUACGAAAGCAGCAAAGACAGGACGAAACUGUUGAAGCUUGAGCUGACAUCAUGAAGCUCCUUUGGACUUUCCUCCUGAUUGGGCUGCUUGGAGCUGCGCAGGCUAUCCGUCCGAUUGAUCCACUCAUUCAGCAAGUGACUGUCGAUCCUAGUGCGAUCUUGGUUCCUCAGGAUGACAUCAUCGGCGCCGUCAACAGCGAGCCCUCAGCGACCUGGGUUGCAGGAGAGAACGAGCGGCUUGAGGGUUUCACUGUCGACGAUCUGAAGGUGCUGUGUGGAUCCAAGGCCGGCGACCCUAACGCCCUCCCCCUGGCAAAGCCGCUCACCUUGAAGCGUUCGCACCAUCCUGACGUGGAGCUUCCCAAGAACUUUGACCCUCGCCAGAAGUGGCCCUCGUGCCCCAGCCUGUCGGCGAUCCGCGACCAGGGUCACUGCGGCUCGUGCUGGGCGUUCGGCGCGGUGGAGGUGCUCACCGACCGGUUCUGCAUCGCGGGGCACGAGAACGUCACGCUGAGCACAAACGACCUGCUGUCUUGCUGCGGUUUCGAGUGCGGCGACGGCUGCGAGGGGGGCUGGCCGGAGCGGGCCUGGGAGUACUUUGAGAGGAGCGGAGUGGUGUCUGAGCAGUGCGACCCCUACUUCGACACGGUCCCGUGCAAGCACCCCGGGUGCGGCCCCGUGAAGCCGACCCCCAAGUGCGUCCGCGGCUGCAAGGACGACGAGCUGUGGGGCGACUCCAAGCACUACGCCGCAAACGUGUACACCGUUGGGCCCGACGUCGAGGAUCUGCAGAAGGAGCUGUUCCUGAACGGGCCGAUCGAGGUCGCCUUCACCGUCUACCAGGAUUUCGCCCACUACAAGUCCGGCGUGUACAAGCACCUGUACGGCGGCGUCCUUGGAGGGCAUGCCGUGAAGCUCAUGGGCUGGGGCACGACCGACGACGGUGUCGACUACUGGCUGAUCGCAAAUUCGUGGGGCUACGGCUGGGGCGAGGACGGGUACUUCCGGAUCGUGCGCGGCGAGAACGAGUGCGGGAUUGAGGGGGAGGCGGUGACGGGCUUGCCUUCCGUGAAGAAGGUUGUGGUGUAGAUUGGCCGCUGAGGCAAAGUUCGGACGCUUGGUGGUUCAUUGGGUUCGUCAGCUAGGGUGGUGAUUGGAUGGUGUGUAGACAUUGCAGGGGAUGGAUAAGAAGGACGCGGAAGAACUGGCUGCUCAUUCGUAUCUGGUCGGUACUGUUGGUUAGAUAGGCAGGUUUGCAAGGCCCAAGAACAUCCAUUGCUUAGGCUUGUGUAGAGUAGGUCGUUCGGUUCCGUCCGGUAUUCACAAUCAUGUAUUCCAGGUUGUACAGCGAGGUGCCAAGACAGGUCGAUAAGUUUCUUGGUAAAGCAGCACACUCAGAACUCCUUAGCUUAGUCUAAGCUAUAACUUGACGCGAGCAACCGCUUCAUGUACAUUGAGGUUGGCUGGAUUGCAAGCACGUGGGAAGAAUCCUGUCCGAGGUUGCAGCUCAUAAAUUGUCCAGCUCCGCUUCCAUUGUUGCCAGUGAGAAGUUGUGCACCAACAUGAUCACGGAAGGUCAGGCUCAGAAAAAGCGUUAGCCGUUGUUGCCGUGCGGACGGUUACAAGAGCGCUUGAUCAAAGCAAAUUGCUCAAGCACGAUUGGGAAAAUAGCCAAGCUACAUAAGAGAAGUUGGCAAUUAGAAACAGUACAACAUAGUUGAGUGCCAUAUGUCAUGCUGACUUGAGGCGUUCUUCUCAAUACCGAAACCAAUAGCCCCCGUGGAAAGAACCAUGUACCCGACCAUGUCAUCAGUAGACGGCUCACACGCAGGUUCACC